UGCACUCAAAAGAAGACAUUGAAGCUAUAUGGUUGAGAAAGCAAGAGGCUAUUAUUAAAAGAGAACGCAUGAAGCAGUACUCUUUCUCACACCGGGAGAGAAAAUUUUGCCACAUGGGGGUUGAAUCUGUUCCCUAUAAGGAAUUUAGAGGAGAGAGCUGCCGUACACUAGGACAAUGGCUGCACAAAGAAAAAUGUAAUGGAGAUGUGAUUUAUGAAACAACAAUUCCUUCAAAUUUGAUCGCUAGGGAAUGGCAUGAUACAACACAAGUUGAAGAGAAGAAUGUGAAAAUAGGGGAACAUCUGCAAGAAGACGACUUGACUUCAGUCACUUCACAGCUUUCAUUCCCAAGGAAAUCAUUUUCUUUUCUGAAGAAAAGUUCAGUUGUAGAUGGCCGUUCCAUGCCAAAUUCUCCAAUUUUCCCAACACUCUUGGGUGUGACAGAAUCUGUGAGAGGAAAGGCAAGGUCUAUGAGCACUCCGAGACAAAGAACAGGAUUUAUGGACAGAUUCUCAGAGUGAAGGCGGAACUUUUAGGAGUUCUUGUCAUGACGCAACGACGAGAGCCGAUGAAGAAAAUGAAGUUUCUCAGCUGAGAUGUCAAAGUGUAAACCUCCACUAUUAUCGUUAGAAGUUGUUGAAACUGAUGCAUGUAAUUGCGAUGUAUCAGAAGAGUGAAGGACAAACUGGUUUGGUCUAUUUUAUGUUUGGACCUCGUCUCUUGUAUCCGAGACACGCUGCUGUAUCCUUGGUUUCACAUGCACAUCAAGUGCUCUUUGUGUGCCCAUUAUAAAUUACUGUAUUAAAUACUUUUUGGCCAGCGGCGAUAGACUUAAA